GUGCUGUUGAUGCUGUAUUUGUCGUAGAGAAGAGUCAAUGCAUCAGAGAACAAGAUGUGAGAGAGCAGAGAUGGUUAGGAGCACGAUCUACAUCUAGAUUGAUUCACUAUAAUUCUUAGAAAGAUGAAUCUUACAACCUACAUCAGAAUCAGGAGAGAAAGAGAAUCUUCUAUUAACAUGUAGAAAAUUCAAAUCCUCUCAGGAUCCCCGGACAAAUGAUUUUCCUUCUCAUGAUCCCCGUUUUAUUGUUGUGUGUUGACCCAAUUUUUUCCGUUUCCCUCUGACUGACUUCCCAAGUUUUCUCAUUUGUUCUAUUACAAUCAAGUACAUUGCGAUUUCAAGAAAUUAGACAAGAAUGACUUCAUCAGACUUGUCGUGCAUAUUUUUGUUGUAGAAGUUCUCCCUACUUCGUGAUAUAUGUCGUGCUUCCAUGAAGUUUAUUGAGUUCAUUCUUUGUAGCGUUUCCACUUGAUUGGUUCUACAUCUACUCCUUCUGUGGAAUAUUUCAAUCAACUAUUGUUUCAAGGCUCUUAUCUCUUGCCUACCAGCUAUUCUUUCGAGAACGAAGAACUCGAUCAAAAAUCCACAAAAAGACCUCCCAUCAUCCUCUCGAUUUCUUCUCGAAUCGAGAAGAUGGGUUCGCCACCUCCUCGGAGGAGGACCAGACCCGGCCGCGCCGCGGCGCUGGCGAAAAUGCGAGGUGCUAUGAUCGUUGCUGCUGGGCUUUCCGUUUUAUGGUCGGUUCAUCAAUUGAAGACUUUUCAAUUGUCUUCAUUCUCCCAGAAUCACUAAAUCUCCACGAGUAGAGGGGAGCCGCAAUCUUAAUGCAUAGUCCUCCACUCCUACAACUAGUCGUGCUUGUUUUUCGAACGACCUCCAUCUCUCUUGAGACUGUCUGAGACUAAGUAGAAAAUUCAAAAAAAAUCUACCGUCUAAUUUCUCAAACUAGUACCACGCGAGCGCGGGAAGUCGUUCGUUCCCGGAACACAUUUUUGCAGGCGACUAACCCAGUUGUGAAGGUGACUUGUGGCCUGUUUCUGUGCAGUGAUGGAGAACAAGGGAGCACUCGAAGACUGCCGCGCCUACGUGGUUCUCUUUCUCGUGGAGGACUUCUGGGCUCAAAGACCUCAACGCCUCCAUCGCCUACGAUUACAGGUACUAGUGGGUUUUUCAUCACCAAAUCAAUGUACAAGGACGUGUAGUCCGGGAUGAAGAUGAAGAAGAUGACCCCCAUCAAAUUUCUUUACAUCAGAUGUGAUAAGAUAUUUCAAGAAAACAAGGAAAGCCUCUACUCACGACAUGGAAGUUUUGGAUGAUGAGUCGUGAAGAACUAAUUACAGAUCGUCUCUAAAUUAUCUUCACAAACAGAUUCGGCUGAGCCGGCACCUUCUAGUACGGGGAGUCCGAUUAGGCCACCUUCUAGUCCGACGGAACAGGCAAAGGAGGGGCCGGCUGCGGGACCGGUACCGCAGGAGGAGAAGAAGGAUGAGAAGAAGGAAGAGGCGGCUGCGGAACCGGUACCGCAGGAGGAGAAGGAAGAGGCGGCUGCGGAACCGGCAAAGGAGGAGGUGAAGGAGGAGAAGAAGGAAGAGGCGGUUGCGGAACCGGCAAAGGAGGAGGUGAAGGAUGGGAAGAAGGAAGAGGUGCCUGCAAAAGACACUGACGAGCUGCCUCCACCACCACCUCCACCACCGCCGCCGCGACCAAUUAUCUCGUCAAACGAAGUGAUCGAGGUGGAAAGAGUACUCGCGAGUUCAAAGCUGAAGCUGGACACUGCUGCUCUGUCAAACAAGUUAAGGUUUCCACAAAUUCACCAGAAAAAGCAUCUCGAAGACGCUUUCAAGGGGAGGAAAUAGAAAUUUCAAAGAACAAGAUGUACUACAUUUGAGGUUGCAUUUACUAGGUCCGAAGGACGGACCAAGGUCAUCGUGUCUAAUAUUGACACCGACACUGUUCAAAGGUAUGAAAGCGCGAAGGAAGGCGGUCUUGGAUGCGCUGAAGAAGAACCCAGAAGACCGGACACGCGAAGAAAAGCAGCUUUUGAUAAAAAUGGGCGAAACCGAGGGUGCUGAAAGCGACCCAGACCCGGAAAUAACCCAUGCGCACAAGAACCCUGAGGCAGCCAAACGCCACUCGGAACCGGCAGAUCCGGAGGGAGAGCGUAAGCAGCCGCCACCGCCUCCGCGAAGGCGGAAACAUCCGAGAGACGAGAGCUGGCGAAACCGUCAUCACCACUGAAAUGACUGUUAUGCAAGGACAGCGUAGGCGUUCGUCAUGACUGAUUGGGGCGAUAACAUUUGCUGGCAUCGGUUGUAUCGUUUUCGUGUCGUCUUUCGAGGGGGCCGCGCACCCUACACGCGGUGCACGUGUUUGGCCAGUAUGUGUAAAUCGAGUCAUACUUUCGCAAUCGAGUCUCUCUCUCUUUUCUCUUUCGCAUUAUCAACUAUCGACUUCUCUCUCGUUUCUCUCCCACCCUCCUCUCCCUCUAGUCAUACAGCACCUUGCCUACCUUCGGUCUAGCUCAGCGCAAUCUCGUCGCUCUCUGUCGCAUUUCGACAAACAUUUCAAUGUUUUCUCAUGCGAGCUACCUAGUUGUAUCGCUGGAGGUAGGCUAGUAUGUUGUUUAGACCUUCCAGCAAAAUAGUUUAUCGCCUCUCACUGACAGCGCCUUAGUUGUCGUCUCAAUGAUGUACGAAAUCGAGCAGAGGGAGUAGCUUGAGGCAACAGUGCACCGGAUGGUGGCGCAAACCGCUUCUGAAAAAAGCAGCACCUCACGUGCCAUAUAACAAGGACGACCACGGAAUACGUCACCUUCACUAAUUAUGGAAGAGCUCGUAGUAAGAAAAAUUCCUAGAACUAAGAAAUAACUGUCGUGUUGACAUUUGAUACGUUUAAGUACUUAGUACGGAUACAUGCAUUUAGACUGAGCAAGACAUUGAAUAUUACGACUCACAAUUAAACACACAGAAGCCAUUAUCAUGGGACAAAAUUGGAUGCCGACCACUAUCUAUCACACAAAAUGUACUUACGAUUAUUGAGUGACCCAUUUUCUGAUGGAAAUCAAAGGUAGAUGUAGAUAGUUUGUUAUCAA